AUGACUGAAAACUUGCCUAAGUUUGGGAAGGACACAGACAUCCAAAUCCAGCUCAGAAUAUACAACUGGGAAAGAAUAGUCUCUUCAACAAAUGUUGCUGUAAAAACUGGACAGCCACAUGUUUUCAGAGUUUGUUAUCUAGCCAAGGAAAAUAUAACGUGGGACACCGAGACCCACACAGUCUCUUUUCUGCAGCUCAAUGGUACCAUCUUUGAACCCUCACUAUCAGUUGGAACCGAGAAUGUCACUUUCACUGUUCUCAAUCUGGCUGUAGCAACUGCACCCCAUCUCUAUCCAAAUGUAUUUAUUCAAGGAGUACUCAAUUUACUUAUCAAAAGAUCAAGCUCUUCUAUGUUUCAAAAGAGAACUUUGAAAGAACUAUUGUGGGGCUAUAAAGAUCCAUUCUUGAGCUCGAUUCCACACCCUAUUACUACUACAGUUAGUGUGUUUUAUCCUGUGAACCACAAUACUUCAGAUGGAGUUUAUAAAGUUUUCAAUGGAAAAUACUACAUAAGCAAUAUUGCCAUAAUUGACACAUUUAAAGGCAUAAAGUCAUUCUAUGCUGUGUUUGAAGCCAAAAUUGAUCUGAUAGGAAUCCCUUUGUAUAGAUUCAUUUUUUCAUCCAGGGCUUUUGCAUCUCCACUUCAAAAUCCAGGCAACCAUUGUUUCUGCACAGAAAAAAUUACCUCCAAAAACUAUACCUUAUAUGGUGUGCUAGAUGUUAGCAAAUGCAAAGAAGGAAAACCUGUGUACAUUUCACUUCCUCAUUUUCUACAUGCAAGUCCUGAAAUUACAGAAACUUUUGAAGGCUUAAAUCCAAAUGAAGAAGAACAUAGUACGUACUUAGAUGCUGAACCUGUAACUGGAUUUACUUUAUGAUUUGAAAAACAGCUGCAGAUCAAUAUACUGGUUAAGCCAGCAAGAAAAAUUGAAGCAUUAAGGGGUCUUAAGCAGAACUAUAUGAUGCCUACUCUUUGGCUUAAUGAGGUUAGUACACUGGAUGAUGAGAAGAGAGCAAUGUUCAUAAAUCAAGUAACUGGAAAAAUAAACCUCCUUGGUCUGUCAGAAAUGAUCAUAAUGAGUGUUGGUGUGGUGAUGUUUACUGCUUUUAUGAUUUCAUACUGUGCAAGCAGAUCAAGGUAA